AUGAUGCUUGCCGUCUCGGAGCUCCGUGUGGUGCUGGCUGCCGCUGGCUUGUCUCUGCUGGUACUUCCUCAUGAAAAAUUCUACCCUGAUGGCUCCAAAGAAAUUGUGUUUCCUGCCGGGACAGUGAAACAUCUCAAGGAUGGACAGGAAGAGACCUUAUUUCCUGAUGGGACAAUCGUAAGGGUGGAAAGGAAUGGCAACAAAACCAUUGUGCUCACCAACGGGCAGAAAGAAAUCCACAUGACCCAGUUCAAGAGGAGGGAGUACCCAGAUGGCACCGUAAAGACUGUGAAUUGCAGCGGCUGUCAGGAAACCAAGUACAUCUCCGGGAGGGUUAAGAUCAAAGAUGAAGCUGGAAACAUCGUCCUGGGCAAGAAGCAGAUGAGCCUGCAACACGCAGCGUCACAUGGGAAAUGCCAAUUGCAGUUUUUUGCUAAAACAGACAAAAACUAA